CCAGGCACAGCAGCCCCCUCUGUCAUCGCCCAUUAAUUCCUGCUGCAAGAACGUGAUCAUGGGAGGAUCCCCCACUAGCAAUAGCCUGCCCCAGUCUAAGAGGUGCAACCAGUGCCCUGAGUGUGGCCGGGGCUUCAGGCAGAGCUCAGACCUGCAGCGGCACCGGCGCAUCCAUACGGGAGAAAAGCCUUUCCACUGCCCGGUGUGCGAGAGGAGCUUCCGGCUGCAGUCCAGCCUGAUCGUGCACCACCGCACGCACACUGGGGAGCGGCCCUACCAGUGCGGGGAGUGCGGCCGCGCCUUCUCGCAGAGCUCCAGCCUCCGGACCCACAGUAAGAUCCACUUGGACCAGAAACCCUAUGUUUGCUCUGUGUGCAGCAAAAGCUUCCACCACAACUCAAAUCUCAUCCUCCACCAGCGUACCCACACCGGCGAGCGGCCCUACGAGUGCAGCGUCUGCGCCAAGCGCUUCAGUGACCGCUCCACUCUGGCUCAGCACCGACGUGUCCACACGGGGGAGCGCCCCUACACCUGCUCCGAGUGUGGGAAGUGCUUCAGCCAGACCUCACACCUGGCCAAACACCGACGCACCCACGCGGACCCCUGUACCAUGCUGGCUAGGGACACAGCUGUCCCCCAAAAUAGGCCUGGCACAAGGGAGAAGAGAGAGACUCCUAGAUGCAGACCAGACCGUGGGGUAGAAAGAACCGCCCCCAGAGACAGGCCAACCGAGGACAGAGCUCCUCUCAGACAUGGGCCGGGAAUGGGGGAUGAGAGAGCCACUCCCCAGAAUGACCUUGUACAAGAGAGGAGAGAGACACCCCCAGACAUGGGCUGGGCACAGGGGAGGAAAGACAGCAUGGAAAGAUGUGCUGUCUCUGAAAGAUGUUUUGGCAGAGAGAAGGAGAAAGAGGCCUCAAAAGACACAUCAGCCAGGAGGAAGGACACAGCUACCACCAAUCACACGCCGGGCAUAGGUAUGGAGAAAGCGGCAACAAAAACCAUGUUGGCUGCAGGGAAGGAAAGGUUGACCCCAAAACCUGGGGCCAAUGAGAGGAGAGCUGCCCUUCAAAAUGGGCUGGGCAUGGGGGAGGACAGAGCCUCCCCAGACCAUGCCUCAAAGAAUGCCAAACAAAAGAUGCGCCAGCUGUGGAUGAGGAGAGAGCAGCCCUGAAAGAUGCACUGAGGGCGGCAAAGGACAAAGCAGCAACAAAAGAUGCAUCAGCAGAGGGAAAGGGAGAGUCACCAGAAACUUGCUUCAGAUGGGGAGGAGAGAGAGGCCUCAAGAGACACUCUGACCAUGGGGAAGGGGAGAGCUGCCCCCAAAUCCGCACUGGCCACGGGGAAGGAGAGAGCCGCCCCCACACCCGCAUUGGCCACGGGGAAGGGGAGAGCCACCCCCAAACCCGCACUGGCCACGGGGAAGGGGAGAGACACCCCCAAACCCACACUGGCCACGGGGAAGGGGAGAGCCGCCUUGAAACGUGCUCCAGGUACACAAGGCGCACAGUUCAGGGGAGCCCUCGCAUGUCACUGCGUGGUACGGACAGGGAUGACUCAUGGGGGGGUAGAGCCUGUGGGGAGCCCUGUCACUGAGCAGUAGGGUUGGGGAUGGCUCAUAGGAACAUGCAUUAAGCUGAGGGUUCACAGACCAGGUGUGAAACCCCAUCAAUGUGCAGGCGGGCAGUAAUGCCAAUUCCACAGGCUCACACUUAGGCAGCAAUGGAGAAGCUGGCCUGGCGGGGGAUGCAGGUACAGCUCAGAGGGGAUGGGCAGCACGAAGGCACUUCUGGCACCGCAGAGAGGCCCCGCUGGACCCGGAGCUUGUGGAGCAAAUGGCUGGCACUUAACAUGCAACCACAGACAUCUCUGUAGGGGGAGCUAAAACCUGCUAAAAACAGAAAUAUGUUCAGGUUCUUGCCAGAAAUGGUCUGUUAUCAGGUGUUUGGUUUUCCAACAGAAAGUAGCUCUGU